AGGUGGAAUGCUGGUCACCAUGGCAACUGAAUCAACGGACUUCACCAGCUGCUGAGCCCUUGGGGUGGAAAUUCUACUGCUGGCGAGGAGGAGGCUGGGUUGGCAUGGGGCAGCAGUGUCUGAGGUACCAGAUGCAGUGUGAGGACCUGGACGAGUACCAGGCUCUGACCUUCCUGACGAGAAAUGAGAUUCUGUGUAUCCACAAGACCUUCCUGAAGCUCUGCCCCUCAAGGAAGCACUAUAAGGAGGUCACACUGACCAUGGACCAGGUCAGCUCCCUUCCUGCUUUGAGGGUCAACCCUUUCAGAGACCGAAUCUGCAGGGUGUUCUCCCACAACGGCGUGUUCUCUUUCGAAGAUGUUCUGGGCAUGGCGUCAGUAUUCAGUGAGCAGGCCUGCCCCAGCCUGAAGAUCGAAUAUGCCUUUCGUAUCUAUGAUUUUAACGAGAACGGCUUCAUCGACGAAGAAGACCUCCAGAAAAUCGUGCUAAGGCUGCUGAAAAGUGACGACGUGUCUGAGGAUCUGCUGAUGGACAUCACGCACCACGUGUGUAUCCAGAAGCGGAAGGGUGGGGCCCGAGGGGCCCGGUGACCACAGAGCUCCAGGAUCCCAGGCCAUCUUCUUGGGAAGGGAUCCAGGGUCAAGCCUGGAGUGGGCAGCACAGAUUCCCCGCCCCUCCCCGGCGAGCAGCCGCCACGGGGGAUGGGCAGCACGUGGUGCCUGAGAAGUGGGCACACAGCGGAGAGAACCCUGCCUCAGAAGUCUGUUCUUCCAGUACGGGUCUUCUAUCUCCCUCCCUUCCCACCUGAGAGCCUCCCACCGACAGGGGUCACCCAGGGCCCCCCGGGCCUACCGCAGCUUAGCAUGACAUGAACACAUCGCAACGUUCACGUGCUCACAUUGCUCAGCAAGGCAUGGGCACAGCCCUGAAAACCUGGGAUGGGGCACAGGCUCAUGAGCUCUCAGGCUGUGAGAGGCCCUGAGGAUUCCAGGGCUGAAUGGUGUCACUUCCUGCCUGACUCGCCCAAUGCGGGGCUCAUGCCUGUGUUUGGCUGAUGGGGUGAGCGGGGACUACUGUCCUCAUUGGUGCUGAGGGCUGCUGAGGAGACUUCUUCCAAAAGGCCAGCCGUGAUGCCUCCUGCACCCCUACCUUAGUGCACACCACUCUGUGGGGAGCAGGGGCCCUGAGACACCUCCCAUACUCUAAUUCCUCUACGCUGUCUGUCUCUCCAUCUUGAGACCCAUCUCCUGGGGUUAUCUCUGCCUCCUUCCUUCCACCAGGUCCUGAGCGAGUCAGAUCUGGACAAUGACAACAUGCUGUCCUUCUCCGAGUUUGAGCAUGCAAUGGCCAAAUCUCCAGAUUUCAUGAAGUAAGGCACUCUUAAGGGGAGGGGCUGUCCAGCAAGGUUGGAGGCAGGGAAGGCUCCCUAGUCUCCGCUGGAACAGCGCCAUGUCUCUCAUGAGUCUCCUGGCCUCCACUGAUUCUUUUAGAAGUAGUGAAACCUAAGUGUCUGAGAAAUCUGCCAAUCUUGGAGAACCAACACAGGAGAUGACAGGAUUCCAGGGUUUGCAAACCAUACGUGGGGUUGGCGCAACCUCAGAGACAUUACUCCUAAUGGCCAGAACAUCUGUGUACAUCUCCUGGUACCUGCUGGGCUUCAGAUCUGACCUGAGUGUUGCCCACUAUUACCCAGAUACACUAGAAGCCGGGGGGGGGGGCAUUGUUCAGCAGUGUAAGAAUGCCAGAGGAAGAGCUGACAAAAGAAAUGUCACAAGAGAAGCAGCUAAUUCUACCUGAG